AUCCCUUUACCUAAUGAAGACUCCAGAUUUUUUAGGACUUCCCAAUCUUGAGAGAUUGGUACUUGAAGGUCGCACAAGUUUGGUCCAAGUUCACAACUCCAUUGGAUAUCUUGACAAGCUCUAUUUUUUGAAUCUGAAGAACUGUGAGAAACUUAGAAAUCUUCCUCACAGCAUUUGUAAGUUGAAAUCUCUUAAAAAGCUUAUUCUAUCUGGCUGUUCCAAACUCGAUAAGUUUCCAGCGUUCUCUUGUUUUGAUUCCUUUACUUCCUCUCUGGUUUUUGCUCUUUGGUUUAUGCUUCCUAAGAAAAUUAGACCUCUCUUCUUGUGGUCUGUCAGAUGGUGCAGUUUUACGUGCACUUGGUAGCAUAUCUUCAUUGGAAAAGUUGUAUUUAGGUAAUAACAAUUUCUGUAGCCUUCCAGACAGCCUCGGUUGUUUUCCCAAGCUCAAGUACCUGAACUUGGGAGAUUGCUUGAGGCUAAAAUCACUCCCAUUGCUUCCAAUAAGCUUAACAAAGUUGAGAGCAAAUAAUUGUAAAUCAUUGGAGAGAUUAUCAAACCUUGGGAGCUUAUCCUCACUGGCAGUUUUAGAUCUAUGUGGAACCAGUAUUUCUAACCUACCAACCAACAUAAGUUGCCUUUCUCAGCUACAUGAACUUAUGUUAAGCAAUUGCACAAGGCUUCAAUCACUGCAAGGCCUUCCAUCAAGUUUGAAUACAUUACAAGCCUUUGGUUGCACAUCGAUGAGACUGCCAGAUCUGUCAAAGCUACAGAAUUCGUGGUCCUUGUACCUUAAUAGCAGCGAGAACUUAGAAGAGAUUCAGGGUGUGUUGAGGUCAGAUGACUGCAACAGUGUGACACUUAACUUUUGGAAGAAUCUCCUUACUGUUUUCCAGCGAGGGUAUGUACGUGACACCAUUCUACCUGUACCUGGAGGUGAGGUUCCAAUAUGGUUUGACAACAGAACCAUGGGGCCUUUGAUAUUUCUUCAGGUCCCUGGAGUUUUGGGUCGUAAGGUGGUUCAAGGGCUAAUUAUAUGUGCUAUCUGUGUGGCUCAUGAAGGAACUGAUCACGGUUUAUUUAUUCCCGGUGCCUAUGUCCAUAGUCUAACACUGGGUUAUUCCUAUCGCCACAUACCAGAGUUCUGUUGGAUAAGAAUAUAUCGUGAAGCACAGAUGUGGAUCUGCUACUAACCAUGUACUAAGGAGUUGGGAGCAGGGCAUCUCGUCGCUGUUUCAAUAGAUACAAACACAACGGGAUUGUGGGUGAAAGACUGGAGUCCAUUUAGUAUUUGAGUCUGAUGACAAGGGUUCUAGCUCCAGUGAUUACAAGGGAUCCUCUGAGACAAGGACUUCACUUCAUCCCUCUGGAUGAUCAAGUCCUAUAUUUGGUAUUUGGUAUUAGUGUGAAUUCCAUUUGCAUUGGUGUAAAUGCAUGGAAGUUCAAAUUGGCUGUAUGUAAAUUCUGGUUUAGUUUUGCAUCAGAUUUGACUCUGUACCAUUUGUUUGCGAAAAAUAAAAUAAGU